UCAAUUGCUUUUGCUGCUAUCUGUAUCUGCUACUUGUUUAUUAUUUUUAAAAUGGAUUUGGAAUAAUUUGGAUUUUUUUUGGAGUAUUUACUUUGCUUUGAGUAUAAAUAACAAUAAACUCGAAGAAAAAAUAUCUUGAGAACAAUUAGCGCUACGUAAGGAUGCAGAGGAAACCAGGAUAUCCAAUUUCUAAUUGCAACAUAAGAACGCCUGACAGCAUGCCUGCGUCCGAGGGUGUUGAGGAGGAAGAGCCAGUGCAGCGGCGCCAGCAACUCAUCAACUUCGGUCACUCCCAGUGGGGCUUCACCAACUGGAGCUGGGCUGUCACCAAGCAGGACUUGGAUUUCGCGGAGAUGUCGAACGGCAAGUACAGCGCGGGCGUGGUCGCCUUCGUCAGCAUCACGGUGAAGAGUGUGGGCGUCCACCGCGAGAACAUCGGCUACGCGACCGCGCUGGCGCCCUACAAGGGCGCCGCCAUACACAACGCUAGGAAGUGUGCAGUCACUAACGCCCUCCGCGAAACCUUGCUGAGCUUUGGCGGUAAAGUCGCCACUGAUCUGAUGGAGCUAUUGGAUGCGCACCGAAGCGAAGCCCCCAACCAGAACCAGAAUUUGAACCAAAACCAAAAUAUCAACCAGAAUGUGAACCAGAACCAGAACGUGAACCAAAACCCGGUGCCAAACCAGAAACACGUCCCACCAGACGCCCAUGAGAACAACCAGAAUGUAGCGAACAUGAAGCCGAUGGAGAAAAAUGUGAAAAUGGAGGAGCCAAGUGUCAAAGUGCCGAUCGUUCCGCCAACGAAUGUCCCGAACCCGCCAGUGGGCAGAACGCACCCAAUGCCGGCCAACGUGCCGCCCAACAUGCCGCGGCCAACAGCCAACGCCAACCCCAACGUCAAACAGCACCGGCCCCCCGACGUCCGCCCGCCCGCACCUCCCGCUCCGCUCCUCCGCCCGAACUCAAACGUAAGUUUCGUACUCCAGCCCGUUAUGUACUCUAACCCCCCUCGCUUGGCCCCCCCGCCCCCGAUGUUCCCGAACAUCUACCAGUAUCCGGGCCCGUGGCACUUCUACGACCCGUACGACCGUCACCAUGGUAACGUCAAUUUGAACUUCAACAUGCCGCCGAAGAACUUGGUCGUCAAUGGUCGCCCGGGGUCUGUCGAGUGCAAAUCUCGCGAGGAGCACUUCACCGGGCAAAGUCUCUGGAUCAAGCCCUCCAUCUUCUAUGAUGGCUUCUGGACAGAGCAGAAGGUGAAGAAGUGGGUGGCUGAACAGGUGGAGAAGCAGUUUCCCGGGGACGGCAGCAAUAAGCCCCCGCACGACCCCCCGCCUACCUAAGCUGUCUAUAAUUUAGGGGGUCGAGUCAAUGCACUCCAAUAUUAAAAUCAUAUCUUUUGCUUAAAAUAGAGGUGAAGAAAUAGUAUCUUAUUUUCACUGUAUUUGCGACUCGAUAAGAGGGCCUUUAGGUUACUCAUAUCAUAUUCAGUCGGUAAUAAAAAAAUAAUUAAAUAAAUUAUUUGAAUUUAAAAUUGUAAGGGUGCAAGUGUACAAAAGGCAACAUAGCGGAAAAAUUAGAUAUUAAUAUCUAUAAUAAUAAUAAUAAUAAUAUCGUUUAUUUGCAAGAAUUAUUGUUCUUUACAACAUUUAACUAAAUUAAUAGUACUAUGUUUAUGGUAUAAUUGGUAUACCUAGAAUUAUUAUAUAUUACAUGGAUAUUUAUACAUUAAUUGUUGAAAAAAAUGGCCCUGUAUUUAAUCUGGCCAUCUAAGUUAAAAAUACUUAUAAUAAUUGGAAUAAUAUUUAUAACGAAAGUGCAUAUUAAUUUUAACAUAUAUGAGCACUUUUACUGUAAUUAAAUUAAAAAUACUAUACAUUUUCAUUUCAAACUGAAAUAUCUUCAACAUUCAACUGAAGAUAUUUUUGCAAGUAUUACAGGACUUGAACGGGUCUUUAUUUUAGAAUUUAAACUAUCGUGAGUGUUAUUCAUAUUAAUUUAUUUAUUAUGAAACACGGCUAAAACUCACGUGAUAUAACAUCGGAGUGUGUUUCAACACAGUUCGUGCGCUAUAGCAUGGUGCGGGUGACAGUUCUUUUCACUCUUGAAAGUUUCCCGCGAUUCACGAUAAUAGUACUUGUUAUGAACGUCAUACAGACAACUGUCACCAGCACCAUGUUACGCGGACUGUAGUUUCAAAACCAUACGGGGCCCUUAGUCAUGAACUGGUUCUGGCAACGCAGCACGAAACUGCGACGCGGUGGUGGCGCGGUGCUGCCAGAGGGGAUGAGGGGUGGUGAGUGAAGGUUCUGUUACACGUAUUUUUUUUUUUAAUUUGCGACAUCGAAUGGAAAAAAAAUCAAAGGUCCUCUUAUCAUGUCGCUUAUUUAAGUAGCACUUCUUGAAAGACACUAAAUUGUUUUUUAUCUAUCAAAAUUGGAGCUGCGUGGUGGAUUUAAACUCUAUAAUUCUUAUAUAUUAUAGGAUUUAGAGCAUUGUGUGUGCAUUUGGCUGUGUGUAUUUAGUGAUCUGCAAUAAUAUAAGGUUUUUUUAUUAUUAAAUUUAAAUACAAAAUUAUAAUUUAACUAACAUCGUCCCCGCGGUUUCACCUGUGUAGUAUUAAUUCCCGUGGGGAUAAAAUAUAGCUUAUUUUACUCAAUAAUAAUUCUACUUUAAUGAUUAAUUUUUAACUGUCUAGUAGGCAGUUUCUGAGCCCAUAUAAAUUAAACAAAUAAUUAUAUUAAUACAUGUAUAGGUUUAGGAUAUUGUAAUUAAUAAAAAGUUGCUUCUAUUAUCUAUAUUGAUAGAUCCACUGUGAUUGAAAAAUUAUACAGUUUUGGCCCACCAUGCCGCUUCAACGCGGGUAACUCUAAUGUAAGUUAUACAAAGCCGCAAUGUAAAUAACUUAUGAUAUCACACUUGUGCGGUGAACUAGUGACAGUAAGCGCUAGCAAUCACUGUGUUUUGCCAUUGUCAAAUAUUCUAAAUGUGGUUUAGGUACAGUCUGACCACUUUGAGAGUGCGUUUUUGACAGGUUUAUUGAAAGUGACGUCGCAUUUAUUUUGUUGGUUUUGCUAAUGAUUAUGUUUGUAUUAGGUAAUUUAUUUUAAUAAAAAAAUAUAAAAACUUGUAAAAAAAUGUAGGGGCGCAAGACUUGAGAGCUCAGGCAAACUGUGGUCUCUACCUACUUAUCACAAUAUACUGUUUCAAUGACUGAUGUCUUCUAUGUUGAAGCUUUUCACUAUAAGUAAAAUAUAAAAAAACGGCCCCUGUAACUAAUUAAUACAAAAUCUCAAUAGCUAAUAACAUUGAAGCGGUCUAACUCUUCACCGAGGGGUGGUAGUUCGAUCCUCUCCCUCUUGGCUUUUGUUGGACCCUCUUCUAAUACAGUCUUUCCGGACUAGUUUGAGGGAAAUGCUAGAAUAUUGGUCAAAUUAAAAAUAUAUGACAAAUAUUCUUUAAAAAAAUACUAAACUAAAACACUUUUUGAUAUACAAUAUCAAGUUUUCUUAGUAGUAGUUGUGUACUGUUUUAUGUUAAGUGAAAAUCUCUUGCCAAGUAGUCUCAGCAUUGUUUAAGUCACAUUUGCCUGUAAAGCGGAAUAGCAAUGCUGUUUGGCAGCAGAAAUAAUCGGAUCGGAGGAGAUCGGACGAGAUUCUUCCAUUUAUUAAUUUAAGUUCAUUUCCAUUUUAUAAAAAAAUAUAUGUCAUAAAUUAAAUAUAUAAUUAUAUACGAGUAAUUAUUACAAUGAAGCCCCUGUAGGGUAUUGUGAUCUUUCAGACAAAGCUCUGUGACUACCGUGUCUCUUUAUUUCAUUGAUGUCUUGAUGAUUGCUUGACUGUAUUCUAUUUUGGUAUGACCAACUGUCAAAUGUCAAAAACGCAUUCUCAAAACGGCUAGACUAUUAUUAGACAUUAGGUAAGAGGUUAGUGGUAAAAAAAUGUUUAUUGCAUUUUCUUACAAGUUUCUCAAUAGAUCUCUAUCUCACUUUUGUACUAGAGUUUAUUCAGUUUAGGGGCACUUCCAAAUAUAUGCGAUAUUCCGGACUGAAUUUAUGCGAUGCACAGAUUAAGAAUAACAGGCAGAUAAAGCGCGCAAAACACGACGGUGUCGUAGCCGUUCCUAAUACAAAAUUCAAAAACGAAUACAUUCUCAAGUCAGUACGACACGAAGCGUCGCAUUAAUCAUAAAUUAUUCAAGAAAAAUGGCGUUUGAAAUGUUUUUAAAAUUAAAUAAAAAGAAAAAACGUUUUUAAUACAUGAGAAUUUUCUUAAUUCUCUGUGCGUAGAGUCAGCCAAUCCGCAUUGGGUCAGCGUGGUGGAUUAUAGCCUAACCCCUUCAUUCUGAGAGGAGACUGGUGUUCAACAGGGCCGACUAUGGGUUGUUAAUAAUUGAUAACGGUUUACUUCUGGUCUGUAUUUCGCACGUAUUUGGAAGAGCCCGUAGGUAUUUUGUGAUGUUUUUGUCACAGCAAUUCGGAUUUGUUACUUGACGGAUUUACGAGUCUAAAGCCGAAUUUAUAUUUGUCUGACGUGUCGUGUUAUGACGCAUCAGAACAGAAUCGGUAUCAUACAUUUUGUAUGCGACACAUCGGUAGCCAACACAUAAGACGUGUAAACGUUACCAUACAAAAUGUAUGAUAGGUACCGAUUCUAUUCUGAUGCGUCACGUCCUCAGACCAAUUAUAGAAGGACCUGACUCAUAGUCACGAACAAAAUUGUCUGUCAUUUUCUGAGGAAAACGAGCUUAGAUUUUGUAUAUAUCUUAUACUAAACUAGAAGUUUUUGCCCGUUUUUUACACAAUUCAAUUGCACAAAAAGGUAUUUUUACGGAGCUAUUUAACCGACGAAUACGAUUACAACUAUUUAACAUCGAUUCUAUAGAGACAGUUUUUAUAAUCGCAUUAGAUCGUUGAUCAUAUACUUUGACAGAAAAGUAACGUCUAGCGAGGCAGGUCCUAUACAAUAAUUGGUCUGAGGUCACGUCACGUCACGUCACGUGAGACAAAUGUGAAUCCUUCUUAAGUGCAUACUGUGUCGAAAUGUUUAUAGAUUGUAAGAGUCGUGUACGAAUGUACGGUAGCUGUAGGUCAUGUUUUUAUUGUAAUAAAUUGUUUGAAAAUU